CUGGAAAGGGGAGGGGGCGCGGGGGCGGGGGGGGCAGCGGUAAGUGGGACGGAGACCGGGAAGGCCGAGGAGAGCCCCCCCAAUCCCGCGCCGAGGCGGCGGCGGCGGGCGGCGGCGCGACGAUGAGGAUGAUGAAUACAUUGCAAAGUUUUUUUGGCCCCGGCGAGGGGUGUCAGAUUGAGUGCUCUGUGCGCAUGUGCGAAGGUGUCCAAACUGACAAUGCUGGGGAGAUGAAGAUAGUGUGUGGCUGCUUCUGGACUCGAGGAGGAGGAGAGAGAUUCCGCGAGCCGACACCAUGCGAUCCAAGGCGAGGGCGCGGAAGCUAGCCAAAAGUGACGGCGACAUUGUAAAUAACAUGCAUGAGCCCGACCCGGACCUGCUGGCCGGCGAGAGCGCGGAGUACGAGACGGAGGACAGCGUGGUGUCCCCCAUCCCCAUGGGGCCGCCGUCCCCCUUCCCCACCAGCGAGGACUUCACCCCCAAGGAGGGCUCACCGUACGAAGCCCCCGUCUACAUUCCCGAGGACAUCCCCAUCCCGCCAGACUUUGAGCUCCGAGAGUCCUCUGUCCCAGGGGCCGGCCUGGGGAUCUGGGCCAAGAAGAGGAUGGAAAUCGGGGCGAGGUUUGGCCCUUACAUGGGGGCACCCCGGGCCACGUGGAAGGAGGCGGACUUUGGAUGGGAGCACAUGUUGGCGGAUGCGGAGGUGUCGUCCCAGGAGGGCUGCAUCCAAAAGAUCUCCGAAGACCUGAGCACAGAGAAGCUGUGCGCGGACGUGGGGCAGGCGGGCUCCGGCAGCUGGCUCAAGUACAUCCGGGUGGCGUGUUCCUGCGACGACCAGAACCUCACCAUGUGCCAGAUCAACGAGCAGAUUUAUUAUAAAGUCAUCAAGGACAUUGAGCCUGGGGAGGAGCUGCUCGUGCACGUGAAGGAAGGCGCAUACUCCUUGGGGACGGUGCCCUCCAGUCUGGAUGCGGAGGAGCCCACUUUCCGCUGUGACGCCUGUGACGAGCUCUUCCAGUGCAAGACAGACCUGCGGCGCCACAAGAAGUACGCGUGCGGCUCGGUGGGGGCCCCGCUCUACGAGGGCCUGGCCGACGAGCUCAAGCCGGAGGGGCUCGGUGGCGGGACGGGCGAGCAGGCCCACGAGUGCAAGGACUGCGAGCGGAUAUUCCCCAACAAGUACAGCCUGGAGCAGCACAUGGUUGUGCACACAGAGGAGCGGGAGUACAAGUGUGACCAGUGCCCCAAGGCUUUCAACUGGAAGUCCAACCUCAUCCGCCACCAGAUGUCCCAUGACAGUGGCAAGCGCUUCGAAUGUGAGAACUGCGUGAAGGUGUUCACCGACCCCAGCAACCUGCAGCGCCACAUCCGCUCCCAGCACGUGGGAGCCCGCGCUCACGCCUGCCCUGACUGCGGGAAGACGUUUGCCACCUCUUCGGGCCUCAAGCAGCACAAACACAUCCACAGCACGGUCAAACCUUUCAUAUGUGAGGUCUGCCACAAAUCCUACACCCAGUUCUCCAACCUGUGCCGGCACAAGCGGAUGCACGCCGACUGCCGCACGCAGAUCAGGUGCAAGGACUGUGGGCAGAUGUUCAGCACCACCUCCUCCCUCAACAAACACCGGCGCUUCUGCGAGGGCAAGAACCACUACACGCCAGGUGGCGUCUUUGCCCCGGGCCUGCCCUUGAACCCCAACCCCAUGAUGGACAAGGCGAAGCCCCCCCCUGGCCUCAACCCCGCCGGCCUGGGCUUCAGCGAGUACUUCCCGUCCAGGCCGCACCCGGGCAGCCUGCCCUUCUCAGCGGCGCCCCCCGCCUUCCCCGCCCUCGCUCCGGGCUUCCCGGGCAUCUUCCCCCCAUCCCUGUACCCCCGGCCACCGUUGCUACCUCCCACACCGCUGCUCAAGAGCCCCCUGAACCACACCCAGGACGCCAAGCUCCCCAGCCCACUGGGGAACCCGGCGCUGCCCCUCGUCUCCGCCGUCGGCAACAGCGGCCAGGGCACCACGGCCGCCACGGGACCCGAGGACAAGCUCGAGCAUCGCCUAGAGGACUCCUACGCUGAGAAGCUCAAGGCGAGAGGCAGCGACGUGUCGGACGGCAGUGACUUUGAGGACGUCAACACCACGACAGGGACCGACCUGGACACAAGCACGGGCACGGGCUCGGACGCAGACAGUGACGUGGACAGCGACCGGGAUAGGGCCAAGGACAAGGGCCAGGCGGCGGAGGGUGAGCCCGAGCGCGGGGUCUGCGCAGCGCCCCCGGGGGCCCCGAACAGCCUGGGCGAGGCGCCCGUCUUCUACUCCCAGCACACCUUCUUCCCGCCGCCGGACGAGCAGCUGCUGGCGGCCCCCGGCGCCGCGGGCGACUCCAUCAAGGCCAUCGCCUCCAUCGCAGAGAAGUACUUCGGCCCCGGCUUCGUGGGCAUGCAGGAGAAGAAGCUCGGCUCGCUGCCCUACCACUCCGUCUUCCCCUUCCAGUUCCUGCCCAACUUCCCCCCGGCCCUCUGCCCCUUCGCGGACCGCUCCCUUGCCCACAACUUGCUGGUCAAGGCCGAGCCGAGGUCACCCCGGGACGCCCUCAAGUUGGGCGGCCCCAGUGCCGAGUCCCCCUUCGACCUCACCACCAAACCAAAAGAGGCCAAGCCCGUGCUGCCCGUGCCCAAGGCGCCCCCAGCCCCGGCGUCCGAGGAGGAGGAGCCGCUGGACCUGAGCAUCGGAGGCCGCGCCCGAGCCAGCCAGAACGGAGGGGGGCGAGAGCCGCGCAAGAACCACAUCUACGGGGAGCGCAAGCUGGGGACCGGGGACGGGCUGCCCAGGGCGUGCCCGGCGCAGCUGCCCCAGCAGCCGUCCCUGCACUACGCCAAGCCGUCGCCCUUCUUCAUGGACCCGAUCUACAGCAGGGUGGAGAAGCGGAAGGUGACGGACCCCGUGGGAGUCCUGAAGGAGAAGUACCUGCGGCCGUCCCCGCUCCUCUUCCAUCCCCAGAUGUCCGCCAUCGAGACCAUGACAGACAAGCUGGAGAGCUUCGCGGCCAUGAAGGCGGACUCGGGGGGCUCCCUGCAGCCCCUCCCCCACCACCCCUUCAACUUCCGGUCCCCGCCCCCCACUCUCUCGGACCCCAUCCUCAGGAAGGGCAAGGAGCGCUACACCUGCAGGUACUGUGGCAAGAUCUUCCCCCGAUCAGCAAACCUCACGAGACACCUGAGGACACACACCGGGGAGCAGCCAUACAGGUGUAAGUACUGUGACCGCUCCUUCAGCAUCUCCUCCAACCUCCAGCGGCACGUGCGCAACAUUCACAACAAGGAGAAGCCCUUCCGGUGCCACCUGUGCAACCGCUGCUUCGGGCAGCAGACCAACCUCGACCGGCACCUCAAGAAGCACGAGCAUGAGCACGCCCCAGUGAGCCAGCACUCUGGGGUCCUCACGAACCACCUAGGGACCAGUGCCUCCUCCCCCACCUCCGAGUCCGACAACCACGCACUUUUAGACGAGAAAGAAGACUCCUAUUUCUCUGAAAUCAGAAACUUUAUUGCCAACAGUGAGAUGAACCAAGCAACAACACGAACGGACAAACGGCCGGAGGCCCAGGACCUGGACAGUGGCUCCCAAUGCCCGGGCCUGGCCAGCGGGAAGCCUGAGGACGUGGAGGAGGAGGAGGAGGAGGAGGACGACGACGACGAUGACAGUCUGGCGGGGAAGUCCCAGGGUGACCCCGUGUCCCCCACGCCGGAGCCCCAGGGCGCCUACGAGGACGAGGAGGAUGAGGAGCCGCCCACCUCCCUGGCCGUGGGCUUCGAGCACACACGAAGGUGUGCUCAGGAGCGGCCGGGCGGUCUGUUGGCUUUGGAGCCGAUGCCGACUUUUGGGAAGGGGCUGGACCUCCGCAGAGCAGCUGAGGAAGCAUUUGAAGUUAAAGAUGUGCUUAAUGCCACACUAGGUUCUGAGGCCCUAAAGCAGACACUGUACAGGCAGGCUAAGAACCAGGCGUAUGCAAUGAUGCUGUCCCUUUCCGAGGACGCUCCUCUCCACACCUCCUCCCAGAGCCCUCUGGAUGCUUGGUUGAACAUCACAGGAGCCACGCCGGAGUCUGGAGCCUUUAACCCCAUCAACCACCUCUGACAGGCCCAGGAGGGGCCGGGGUCAGAGUCCAAGAAGGGCGACCUCAGGGCCCCAUCGUCCCCACAGACAUCCCAGCUGUGGAAAAUGGAGAAGGGAGCCUCGGGGAGCGGCGUGACCUGGGCCAGAGAGACCUCCCUCCCCAUCACCCGCGUCGACCAGUCCUCAUCGUCCGUCCCCGCUACACACACCAUGGCUCAGCUCUAACUUUUCCAAUGAAAACUCAGAACCCAGGAGUCCCUGAGCCGUCCUGGAGGCCCACCGUCCAAGAAUUGGUCUUAAGAACAGCGUUCCGGAAGGGUACAGCGCAAGGCCGGCCUGGCAGCGGCCUCGCAGGACCGACCCCGUGGGUGAGGGCAGGGUUUGAACCCCAGACUCAAUGAAGGCAGCGGCACCUAGGGCACCCGCGGGUGUCUCAGGAAGGACCAGACAGACGCGGGUGUGCUCUUCAAAGGGAGAUCGCCCAGACGAUUUUUUUAUAAUGAGAAUUACAGGAGUAACCCUUUUGGUAAUCUUAUUGACGACAGAGUCUAUUUAAGCAUGUGGUUUUAAAAUAGACAGUAUUUUUAAAAAAAGAAAUCGAAAGAUGACUUGCAAAUUGUUUUUUAAAAGUAAUUUUGCAUUGCUUUGAAAUCUCCGCGUCUUUGCAAACCCGAACCUGCCCAGAAACUGUACUGUGUCCGGGCGUGUUCUUUAUACUGUAGAUAACGGAGACGUUUUCUAUCCCUGACCAUAUUUGUAAAGCCAACGGGAUCCUGGGUGUCCCCGCACAGAAUGGCGGGGCCUGGGGCCCCCGCCUGUGAGCAGUUUCAAACUGUCCGGUAGAAUUCUUAGACAUGGUGUCCUGGGCUGGCCCAAGGCUGCGAGAGAGGCCUGCCGCCCGUGUCCCCACGUGUGCGGCAUGGGAUUCAUGCUUGUGGCCCCCGCCAAGACCCCCCAAUUUUAAGGGGGAGGUGUGAGAGUGCUGGCUCGGGUCCCCCGAGCAGAGGUGGCCCGGGCUCCCGAUGCUUCUUCCGGCAGGGUCUGCACAUCAGCCACACCCGUGCGGCCCCCCACGGCCACUCUGGGUCUCCAGCCCCCCCUCACCCACCCCCGUCAGACGGACAAGGGGAAGGAAGCGGGCGUCCCCCUCCAACCCGUGGCCUCCCUGGCGUGUGCACUGCAGCUCCCCUGCCCCAGGCUGCCGGGCUGUCUGCCUGUGUGAGACCCCGGCUCCAGGACACAAGGGCCACCUCCACUCCUUGGUGGGCCAGACCAGCUCCAGACCGCAGGGCCCGGCCGGACGGCACCUGCUCAGGCCGGGUCUGCCUCUCCAUGCAGAUGGGCUUUAAAUUAUUCCCAUAGGGGCCAAUUUCAAAUCAUAAUUUCUUUUUCCCUGAUGGAAUUUACCUUAAUCUGUAUAUAACUUGUAAUUUUUUUCUAAUUCAUUUCUUUUCUUAUUUUAUUUUUUCCUUAACAGUAUUUUGGCAUUAGACAUUCUUAUUGUGAAGAAAUGAUGUUAAUAUAAGUAUCUAGUGAGGGACCAAAACCGUGUAUAAGGUCGUGUGUCGUGUGAUCAAGAACCAGGGAGUGGGGAGGUUUUUACUGUGCCAAAUACCCCCGCGCCCCCGACGGAUCCUGCUGCCCGUUUCCAGACAAUCACGUGUUUUUGUUAAAUUAGAGUUUCAGUUACAUUCA